UGCACGCGCAGAAUAACUAAGUGCAUUACCCAAACUCGCUAGCAACGUUUAAAACAGUUAUUACUCUGCGUUUUUGGUAACUGUUUAUUGCCCGCGAAAGUUGGACCGAACUGCUGGGUUGUUUUAUGGGUGGCGUAAAACGGAUGAAGAAAUCAGAUUUAGUGACGUUGCAUGUCCUCUGUUUCACAGCAGGAAGGAAUUGAGCUCUUCUGCAAAGCUAUAAAUUGGACCAUGUUGCGCCAGACCGGCCAAUACUUUUCUAUUGUUCUCUACUUGGUAUUGUUUUUGUUUCACAUCAUUUAAGAAAUCAGUUUUAUGCCCAAUCGUAUGCGUCUGUUGCCAUAACUAACUCACCGUCAUGACACAGAAAAGUAUCGUCGCAAAGAAACACUGGACGGUGGCAACAGCGGCGGUUCUUUUCUUCUUUUGCAUUUCAUCUUUUAAUGCAGAACAUCCAUCUUGUCAUGGAGCUUACGACCUUUACUUUGUUCUGGACCGAUCCGGUAGUGUUUCGACUGACUGGUGUCAGAUCUAUGACUUCGUCAAAAAUCUUACAGACAGAUUUGUGAGUCCAAACAUGAGAGUAUCCUUCAUAGUGUUUUCAGCCAGCGCAGAGUGUUUGUUACAACUUACUGGAGACAGAGCAAAAAUUAAAGAUGGCCUGAGGAUCUUAAGUGAGGUCAAACCAACAGGUGAAACCUACAUGCAUGAAGGAAUGAAAAUGGCAACUGAACAAAUAAAAGUACAGGUAAAAAAAUCCUCUAGUAUCAUUGUGGCCUUGACUGAUGGAAAGCUUGAACCAUAUAUCCAUGAACUUACUAAGGAGCAGGCUGAUAUUGCAAGGAAGUAUGGGGCUCGUGUGUAUUGUGUUGGCGUUAAAGAUUUUGACGAAGAACAGCUUGCUGAUAUUGCUGAUACCAGAGAGCAAGUGUUCCCAGUCAAAGGAGGCUUUCAAGCUCUCAAAGGCAUCGUUAACUCGAUCCUCAAGCAGUCAUGCACGGAGAUCCUCACGGUGGAGCCAUCCAGCGUCUGCGUGAACCAGUCUUUUGACAUUGUUUUGAGGGGGAGCGGAUUUACAAUGGGAAGACAAGGAGGAGUUCUCUGCAGUUUCAAUGUGAAUGGGGUUUUUUACAAUGAAAAGCCAAGCAAGGUGAAGAAUGACUAUGUCCUGUGUUCUGCUCCUGUGCUGUAUUCAUUGGGACAACAAAUUGAGGUUCUGAUCAGUCUGAAUAAUGGCACAUCGUAUAUUACCAGUGCUUUCACCAUCACUGCCUCUUCGUGUUCGGACGGCACAGUGGUGGUCAUCGUGAUCUUGGUGCUAUUGCUCCUGUUGGCUUUGGCUCUGAUGUGGUGGUUCUGGCCUCUCUUCUGCACAAUCGUUAUUAAAGAUCCACCCCCUCAAAGACCUCCUCCACCACCACCUAUGUCAGAGCCAGACCCUGUACCCAAGCAGAAGUGGCCAACUGUGGAUGCAUCUUACUAUGGGGGAAGAGGAGCUGGUGGAAUCAAACGCAUGGAGGUUCGUUGGGGAGAGAAAGGGUCCACAGAGGAAGGUGCAAGACUAGAGAAGGCCAAGAAUGCAGUGGUGUCUGUACCAGAGGAGGCAGAAGAAUCCAUGAUCAAAAAGCCAACCCCAUCUUCACCCACAUACCAUCAGUAUGAAUCCAAAUGGUAUACUCCUAUCAGGGGCCGCCUUGAGGCAUUGUGGGCUCUUCUGCGGCAGCAAUAUGACAGAGUAUCACUCAUGCGUCCCACUACAGCAGACCAAGGACGGUGUAUACAUUUCAGCCGGGUGCAGCAUCAAUAGACGAGAGUCUCCAGUCUAUGAAAUACUUGGACUUCCAAUCAUAUCAGAUGGGACAACAGAAAAAAAUUAUCCUGUACUUUGGGGUAUCUUGGUUCAGUGCACAAGGGAAACCCAUUUUGCUUAUAAUUAUUGGCUUUCUAAAACUUAAAUGAGUAUAAUAUUUUAUUGCUCAAGCUACUGAAUGGCAAGUGGAUGACAAAAUACAUAAAAAAAAUGUCUGAUUGAUUUGCUUUAUGCACAGCAUAGGCCUUGUCAUAUUCUGACCAUAUUGUGCCUUCUGUAGAAAAAAUCUUAUGGACACAGAUGGAGGCUAUUUAAAAAAAAUCAGAAUGAGAUGAGGCUCUUUGCCGUUGGCUGGGAAGUGGAACUAAUCCCAGUAGGCUCACAGAGUGCAGGAGUACUCUGCCUCUUGGCAAUGUCUCUUCACAAAAAUCUCUCCAAGCCCACUAUCAUCGGAUGCCUAGCGGGGCUUCUUUGACUGGAGAUCUUGUCAUUUUAACACUGAGAAGUGCACACGCAUGACAAAUUUUAGACAUAACGCCCUAAGGUAUUGAACGCAGUAAGAUUUGCCCUUUAGUUUGUAAAGACACCUUUCUAUCAGUGGGAGAACAGCACAGAGAAUUAAUAGAGCAUUAUUGCACCGCAAGACACCCUGUGACCAAAGUGCUCCGGCAAGGUUUUGAGGGACAGAUUUCCCUCUGGUGGUUGAUGCUUCCUCUUCACUUAUUUGACAGUCUGUUCUGUGCUCACUACCACAUAAACCUUCCCAAUUCAUAAACAUGCCUAUCAUUUAAAGGUUUUAAGAAAUACAUACAGCUGUCUGCUCAAUGUAUUAAGCACUAAACCUCACUGAAUUUCACCCAGAUGCAGAGGAAUAUCAAAGUUUCAUUGAACUAACUAAAGGCAACUACAAUCAGCAGCCUCAGAGGUUUUUUUAUGAGGUUCAUCUUUGAAUGACCUUUUUACUAGACUUGCCUCAAAAAUAAUUAAACAGAUUCUCUGCUUUGAUAACAUAAAGCCCUCAUCCAAUAGACUCGAAAGAUCAAACCGAAAGGGGCGACGAACGGAUAAGUAUUGUUCAUUUCCAGAAAUUAUCCACAUUACACUCCCCCUCUCCACUUGCACACAGAAAAGCAAUAUAUAUAUAUAUUUGUACAUUUCUUCAAAUCACUGUCAUGACGACGAUCGCAAAUGAUGUCAGUGUCAGUGGAAACACUUUGGGGGAGGAAGGGAGCGGCAGCUGAAUAAAAAGGCUCGAACGAUCCAGUCACUUUCGAUACGCUACUUCAGAUGCAAAAUGGAUAUUCAAGUCGAAAUCUGACAAAGUGUGCCGGCUUUGACGGGAAGUGGUAUAGACAAUGACCAGUGGCUGGGUCAGUGGGAUGUCUUGGUGCAAGCAGGGUAGCUUAUCAAAUGACACUUAAAAUAAGUUCAACAACCAUCAAGUUUGAGGGGGGAUCAGAAUAGGGUGCGGUGUCUCACAUUUGGUGGGCAUGCAAGUGUGCAAGAUGGCAGGACCAUUGAAAAAAAAGCCCCUGUUUCAUUAUUUCUUUUUUGCUCUCAUCAUAAUUGUAGGGACAUUCAUUGUACUUAUUUUCACCCCAGCACACCCCUCCCCCAAAAUGAAAGAACAAUAUACAUAUUUAGAAAAGUUUAAACAUUGUAAUCAUUCUUUGAGUGGCACUUACUUAAAUUACAGUCACCUUCUGUCCAAGAAGUUCAAUGGCAUUGCACUUCAUGGACAGCUAGGUGAGUGUAAUGUUCAGUAUUUUUUAUGUAUUUACUUUUAUAUGUCAGAGAUCACAGGAUGUCUGUUAACUGUUAUUAACAUUUUAAUUAGGUAUUUACAUUUUUGUUGCAACCUGGCUCACUAUCGUUACCAGCAUCUUGCAUAACUAUUUUUCCACCUCACCCAACAUCUGCUUUUCCUUCUCUUUAUUAUUAUUAUUGAGUUUGCUUGUUUUGUUUACUAUUCUUUUCCAGUUUUUGCAGUGUUAUGUUAAUAUGUUUAGUAUGAUUGUGGUAAAUAUAAGGUUUGUGUGUGUAUGUUUAUGUAUGUGUGUGUGUGUGUGUGUGUGGGGGGGGGGGUAAGGUUUGUAAGGUUUGCAUGUUGUACGAGGACAAUUUCUUAGGUUACAAACUGGUAAUUACAAGGGUAUUAUGCUAUAAGUGUGGUCUAUGAAGACAUUUCUAGUGUCCCCAUAAUUCAAAUCACUUAAAAACAUACUAAAUUAUGUUUUUUUUGGGGGGGGAAAUAAAAAAAUGCAGAAAGUUUUUUGUGAGGGUUAGGGGUAGGGGUAGGUUUAUGGGAUAGAAUCUAUAUUUCAUACUGUAUAAAAAUCAUUAUGUCUAUGGAGAGUUCUCAUAAGGAUAGCCGCACCAAUGUGUGUGUGUGUGUGUGUGUGUGUGUGUGUGUUGUGUGUGUGUGAGUGAGUGAGAGAAAGAGAGUGAGAGAGAGAGUGUUGGUAGAACUUUACAAUAAGGUUCCAUUUGUUAACCUUAGUUAAAGCAUAACUGUGUGCUUUUUAUAUGUUUUGGGCGCAUUAAUGUGUGUUGAGGAGAACUUGAGAGCUGAGGUUGAUGUGGACAAUAUUGGGUUUAUGCUUUGUCAUUUUGAAUAAAGAGCACCAGCUACACAAAUAGUAUUAGUAAUUUAUGUAAAAUAUGUUAUGAUUGAUUGCACCCAUUUCAGCUUUGAAAAUGAGAACAUUAUAAAGUAUUGAUGUAGAUUUUGGAUAGAAAAAAACAAGUUUUUGAAAAACUGAAUGUUUACAACUGUGCACUAUUUUUUGUAUAUUUAAAACAAAGUAAUAUGUACUACAUACAGUGAUAAUUUCUUAUGUAUUUAAAGCUACACUAUGUAACUUAAAAAAAUAUAUAUAUAUUAAUGAGAGAGUGCAACAAAAAUCCAUCUUCCAAACCUUGUCUUUACCAAAUACACUUUGAUAAACCUAAACUAAUGAUUUAUAUUUUAGAGCUGUCGGGACAGAUUUUGCAGGAAAUUGCAUACAUACUGUACGUCAUUCACUCGUCCACUUUCAUGUCAUAUCCAUACACAGUGAAAAUAAGAUCCGGCUACUGUAGUGCAUGUGUGGGAGUAGCUGAAGCCCAAAGUUUGUUGUCACAACUAACAAGAAAAAUUACCAUGAAUCAUUAAAAACAGCAAACCUCCGGGGAAUCACCUGUUGUAAAUAAAAAGAAACCCCAAACAGAGCAAGAUGACAGGACCAUUGACAAAAAUAAUCCCUGGGAAGAGACAGAGUCCGUAAUAAAACCAAAAUCAAUAUCGGCUUGACUUUUCAAAGGUGGCGACAACUGAGAUCUGAAAGGAUUUAAAAGCAAGAGAGAUUGCUUUUUUCUUACUCAACAGGUAAGAUAUUUUAUUGAUAUGGUUUAUGUAUAAUUGUGUAAUCACACACAACACACAUCUGUGUGUGGGUGUGUGUGUGUAGUGAAAUACAAUAAAUAUAAUAGGUGCGUACAUUUUCACUUGCUAGCACACCUGUGUAUUUUCUUUAUAAUGGCAUUAAUUUAUAUAAAUCAAACCUUUAGUCAUAGGCUUGCCAAGGACAUGUGAGUCUUGAAAUGAUGUUGACCGCUGGUUGGUAACCAUGACAAUCUAUAAAUUAGUUCCUACUGUGGUCUAUUUGGCCAGAAUAUCCUGCAGUUAUAAAAACUUUACAACGUUUGACAUUAUCAGACUAGUAAUCGUUAUAUGUAAUGUUAACGUAAUUUAUUUUAAAACAUUAAUCUUUUCAAUAAGUCAAAAGAGAUAUGGCACGUACCUGCCUCAGAUCACAUGUUUUACUUUCAUAAUUUAUUUGUCCAAACACUCUGAUAAGAUGUCCUGUAUCCAUGUGUGCACCGGUGCCUCGAACCACAUUUAUGCUUGCAGAG